AUGGCGAGAGCCAAGCUGAAGAAUUCCCCUUCAGAGAGCAAUUCCCAUGUCAAAACUGUCCCACCGGCGACGACAGAAGAUGUCCACGGGGUGAGCCCCUUGUUGCCGACUCGGAGGAUGGGAUCCUCGGGGAGUGAUGUCGGACAAAGGCCUCACGCCGAGGACUUCAGCGUGGAUUCUUCCUUCUCACAGGUGCAGGUCGAGUUCUACGUGAAUGAAAACACCUUCAAGGAGCGGCUGAAGCUUUUCUUCAUCAAAAACCAGCGAUCGAGCCUGAGGAUCCGGCUCUUCAAUUUCUCCCUGAAGCUGCUCACCUGCCUCCUCUACAUCGUCCGUGUGCUGCUCGACAACCCCGAGGAGGGCAUAGGCUGCUGGGAAUGCGAAAAGCAGAAUUACACAGCGUUCAACCAGUCCACAAAGAUAAACUGGUCACACAUCUUCUGGGUGGAUAGAAAAAUGCCACUGUGGGCUGUGCAGGUCAGCAUAGCUCUAAUCAGCUUUCUGGAGACCAUGCUGCUCAUCUAUCUCAGCUACAAGGGGAACAUCUGGGAGCAGAUUUUUCGCAUUUCAUUCAUCCUUGAGAUGAUCAACACGGUGCCGUUUAUCAUCACGAUAUUCUGGCCCCCUUUGAGGAAUUUGUUCAUUCCCGUGUUUCUGAACUGCUGGCUUGCCAAGUAUGCCCUGGAGAACAUGAUUAACGACCUGCACCGAGCCAUACAAAGGACCCAGUCUGCCAUGUUCAACCAGGUUCUCAUUCUCAUCUGCACCCUCUUGUGUCUUGUUUUCACGGGGACCUGUGGCAUCCAGCACUUGGAAAGAGCAGGUGAAAAGCUCUCCCUCUUCAAGUCCUUCUACUUCUGCAUUGUCACCUUCUCCACUGUGGGCUAUGGAGAUGUGACACCCAAGAUCUGGCCUUCCCAGCUCCUCGUUGUGAUCAUGAUUUGCGUCGCCCUGGUCGUGCUGCCCCUCCAGUUCGAGGAGCUCGUCUACCUGUGGAUGGAGCGGCAGAAGUCUGGAGGCAACUACAGCCGUCACCGUGCCCAGACGGAGAAGCACGUCGUCCUUUGUGUCAGCUCCCUCAAGAUUGAUCUCCUCAUGGACUUCCUCAACGAGUUCUAUGCCCACCCACGUCUGCAGGACUACUACGUGGUGAUACUUUGCCCCACAGAGAUGGAUAUCCAGGUGCGGCGGGUCCUGCAGAUCCCUCUGUGGUCUCAGCGCGUGAUCUACCUCCAGGGCUCUGCACUCAAGGACCAGGACCUCAUGAGAGCCAAGAUGGACAAUGGAGAAGCCUGCUUCAUCCUCAGCAGCAGGAACGAGGUGGACCGCACAGCAGCAGACCACCAGACCAUCCUGAGAGCCUGGGCUGUGAAAGAUUUUGCUCCCAACUGUCCUCUCUACGUUCAGAUCUUAAAGCCUGAAAACAAGUUUCACGUCAAGUUUGCUGAUCACGUUGUCUGUGAGGAGGAGUGCAAAUAUGCCAUGUUGGCACUGAACUGCGUCUGCCCAGCCACCUCCACCCUCAUCACGCUGCUGGUGCACACCUCCCGUGGCCAGGAGGGCCAGGAGUCCCCGGAGCAGUGGCAGCGCAUGUACGGGCGCUGCUCAGGCAACGAGGUCUAUCACAUCCGGAUGGGGGACAGCAAGUUCUUCAUGGAGUACGAGGGGAAGAGCUUCACCUACGCUGCCUUCCACGCACACAAGAAGUACGGCGUGUGCCUCAUCGGCAUCCGGCGCGAGGACAACAAGAGCAUCCUGCUGAACCCCGGCCCGAGGCACAUCAUGGCAGCAUCUGACACCUGCUUCUACAUCAACAUCACCAAGGAGGAGAACUCUGCCUUCAUUUUCAAGCAGGAGGAGAAGCAGAAGAAGAAGGGCUUUGCAGGGAGAGGCACCUACGACGGCCCGUCCCGCCUGCCUGUGCACAGCAUCAUCGCCAGCAUGGGUACAGUGGCCAUGGACCUGCAGAACACAGAGUGCCGCCCUGCUAACAGCAGCAAACUGGCGCUGCCGGCAGAGAACGGCUCCGGCAACCGCCGGCCCAGCAUCGCGCCCGUGCUCGAGCUGGCUGACACCUCCUCCCUGCUGCCCUGCGACCUGCUCAGCGACCAGUCCGAGGAUGAGAUGACCCAGUCGGAUGAGGAAGGGUCAGCAGUCGUGGAGUAUGUGAAGGGGUACCCGCCAAACUCACCCUACAUUGGGAGCUCCCCCACCCUGUGCCACCUUUUACCCGAGAAAGCCCCGUUCUGCUGCCUGAGGCUGGACAAGGGCUGCAAGCACAACAGCUUUGAAGAUGCCAAAGCCUAUGGGUUUAAGAACAAACUGAUCAUCGUUUCGGCGGAGACGGCUGGGAACGGGCUGUACAACUUCAUCGUGCCCCUUCGUGCGUACUAUCGGUCCCGCAAAGAGCUCAACCCAAUUGUCUUGCUGCUGGACAACAAGCCUGAGCACCACUUUCUGGAAGCCAUCUGUUGUUUCCCCAUGGUUUACUACAUGGAGGGCACGAUUGACAACCUGGACAGUUUGCUGCAGUGUGGCAUCAUCUACGCUGACAACCUGGUGGUUGUGGACAAGGAGAGCACUAUGAGUGCUGAAGAGGAUUACAUGGCGGAUGCAAAGACGAUUGUCAACGUCCAGACCAUGUUCAGGCUCUUCCCCAGCCUCAGCAUUAUCACAGAGCUGACCCACCCCUCCAACAUGAGGUUCAUGCAGUUCAGAGCGAAGGACAGCUACUCUCUUGCCCUUUCCAAGCUAGAAAAGAAAGAGCGAGAGAACGGCUCCAACUUGGCCUUCAUGUUCCGUUUGCCCUUCGCAGCCGGGAGAGUCUUCAGCAUCAGCAUGUUGGACACUCUGCUCUACCAGUCAUUCGUGAAGGAUUACAUGAUCACCAUCACCCGGCUGCUGCUGGGUCUCGACACCACGCCGGGCUCUGGCUACCUCUGUGCGAUGAAGAUCACCGAGGAUGACCUGUGGAUCCGGACGUACGGCCGCCUGUUCCAGAAGCUCUGCUCCUCCAGCGCCGAGAUCCCCAUCGGCAUUUACAGGACGGAGUCGCACAUGUUCGCAACCUCCGAGCCCCACGACAUCAGAGCGCAGUCACAGAUCUCAAUCAACGUCGAGGACUGCGAGGACACAAAGGACGUGAAGGAGCACUGGGGCAUCAAGACCAGCCACCACAGGAACUCGUGCUCCAGCGACCAGUCGGAGCACCCGCUGCUGCGGCGCAAGAGCAUGCAGUGGGCACGGCGCCUGAGCAGGAAGGGCAACAAGCACAGCAGCAAGACGGCCGAGUGGAUCAGCCAGCAGCGCCUCAGCCUGUACCGGCGCUCUGAGAGGCAGGAGCUGUCCGAGCUGGUCAAGAACCGCAUGAAGCACCUGGGGCUGCCCACCACCGGCUACGAGGAUGUAGCAAAUUUAACAGCCAGUGAUGUGAUGAAUCGGGUAAACCUGGGAUAUUUGCAAGAUGAGAUGAACGACCACCAGAACACGUUGUCCUACGUCCUGAUCAACCCCCCGCCCGACACGCGCCUGGAGCUCAAUGACAUCGUGUACCUGAUCCGCUCCGACCCGCUGGCACACGUGGCCAACGACGGCCACAGCCGCAAGAGCAGCUGCAGCAACAAGUUGGGGCCCUGCAACCCCGAAACACGCGACGAGACCCAGCUGUGA